UAAAUGAGAGAAUGUGUCUUGUUAUUUCAAGUAUUACUAUAUAUUAUGUGGGAGUGACUGUUAUGUUAAUUAAAGUUUAUUAAAAUAUUAAAUUAAAUUGUUAAGUGCAAAGUGAAAUAAGGAAACAAAGAUGGGGAGACAGCACCAGUAUCUAACUACGUUAGCAAGUGUCUUCGGCUAUUUCAUAUCCGGGAUCGUCUGCGUCUGGCCCUCAUACACACUAUCGUACUACACCAGUCAGAACAUAACAUUACUAUCAGCCCCCAUGACGAGUAUGGAGGCGUCGCUACUGGGCAGUCUGCCAGCGCUAGGCGCAUUGGUGGGAACAGCAUGUGCUGGUAUGGUGAUCGACGGGUUGGGCAGGAAGAAAGGUGGUCUGGUGAUCGCCAUGCCGUAUCUGUUAUCAUUUCUCAUGAUAGACAUGACAUCAUCAACUGUCGUGAUACUUGUUGCGCGAUUUGUUAGUGGCUUCUCAGUAGGAGCCAGUUCUGUUCAUGCGCCUAUCUUUAUAUCAGAAAUCGCUGAAGAAUCCAUUAGAGGCGCUCUGGGAUCAGCACCCAUUGCAUCAUACUGUACAGGUACUAUGGUUUCAUACAUCAUGGGUUGGGUGUUAACAUACAGAUACACAAUUUGGUCGUGUGUUGCUAUCUGUGUGGUUUAUAUUGGUCUGCUCAUGUCAGUUAAAGAAAGCCCAGUAUUUUUGAUGCGGAAGAAUAGAGAAGAUGAAGCACGUCAAUCAAUAGCCCACUAUAGAGGUGAAGAACCAGACUCAAAAGUUGUGAUGGAAGAACUUUCCAGACUGAAACAACGUUUAUUACCCGCAGUGGAACUUGUACCUAUUAAUGAAAGUGAAGUAGAAAAAGCUGAGAAAGAAAACUUGAAUGCUGACAACGAUGAUUCAGCCGAACACAAGAGAAUGCCUUCGUAUAAAAUGCUAUGGGUGUCACCUUCUUCGCGACGAGCAUUUAUUACUGUAGGAUCAGUAAUAUCUUUACAGGUCACGAUGGGCAUAGUACCAGUGCAAGUCUACGCCAAGGACAUCUUCACGAAAGCUGCUCCAAGUCUCUCCUCACAUAUGUGUUCUGUCAUGUUCGCAUGUGUUUUAAUGGCUGGGAGCUUGAGCUGUGCGCUGUUCUCUGAUAGGUUCGGCAGAAAGCCGCUGCUCCUCUCAUCUGCUAUUGGUGUAUGCCUCUGCCUCCUCAGCAUGGGCUUCCUGAUGCAGACCAAUAUAGCCCCUCCGUGGGUGAGCGCAGUGCUCAUUUUGGUAUACUGCUUCGCUUUCGCCCUUGGAGCUGGUAGCAUACCGUAUUUGCUGAUGGGAGAAGUUUUUAUAUCUGAGGUGCAAAGUAUAGCCUCCAUGGUCCUCAUGGAGUGGGUCUGGGUACUCAACUUCGGGAUCCUGGCGGUCUUCCCCUUCAUGGUGGAGAACUUCGGAGUCCACGGCUCCUUCUACUGCUUUGCUGUAUUCGCUGUUGUGGACUUUGUCGUUGCUCUCAUCAUGGUGCCUGAAACAAAGGGCUUGACGAAAGAACAGAUACAGGAGGCAUUUCUGGGGAAACAGAAAUAAAUGUUUUGGAACAUUUUGUGCUUUUAUUUUGAGUGUUACAAGCUUUAAUGUAAUAUAUUGUUGUUUUUAUUUAA